UCUACUUCGAGAUCCUUCCCCACUUGAACCGAUCACCAAGGUCCAAGACCCAUUCGCAAACCACCCAUUCUCAUUUAUACUCCACAGCUAUCAAUGCUUCAGUAAUGGACACUUAUGGUCCUCUUAUCCAGAAAAUUAGGGUUCCUCAACCCUCUCUCCAACGACUUGCAGUGAUUUCUAUUUUCCGAAAGCUCAGAUCCUCUGCAAGUAAACUCGAUUUUCAGUCUAAUACAAGCAGGGACGCUCUCUAUAACUGUCUCCAUUGCGAAGAGCUCGCUGUUCUGGACCAGACAGUGAGAGAAUUGUGUCUUUUGGUAAAGGAUGGAAUAUUGGAACCUCAUUUAGCUUUUCAAGAGCUUCUAGCCGGUCUUGAGGCCUGCAAUGCUCGUUCACUUAGUCUUUUUGUCAAAGGAAUAGGGCUUCUUUGUCGAAUUGCUGUUGAAAAGGAACCAUCAUGGCUUAUCGGCCCCCCUGAUCUUCAUCCAUUCGUUAAGGUGUUUGGUUGUCGAGUUGAGGUUCACAAUGAACUCAUACAACAGUUAAUUCUGCAGAUUUUGCACAUGGAAUCAUUGAAUUCCAGAGAUGUUGUCAAAUUCGUGAGACCAUUCUUGAUGCUUACUGUUCUUCAAGCUUCUAUUUCAAGUGCUUCGUCCUUCUUUGUGAGGCGAUUGUUGUCCACUCUGGCAUCAUUAGCUUGCUCUCUGUCCUCAGAGGGGCUACCCAUCUUCAAGACUCUUAUAGAAUCCUUGAAAUAUUUCCCUUGGGAGAGUUCAGAAGAUUUUGCGUGUCUUAUUGCUUGUGCGGAAGAUUUGGUGGAUGCAUUUGAAGCCAUAUUGAAGCAAAUGGCUGGCUCUGAAGAGCUGGUAAACGAAGCACAAGCCCUUGGGACAGAUUUGAUGGACAUUCUUUUAUCCUAUAGAUAUCCUUGGAAGCUAACUAUUGGGAUUGAGCCAAUUAUGGAGCUAUCAAAGCGUGUUGUACUCAUCCAAAAGAGUUACACUUUGAGUUAUUUACCUGAUUUCAGUGCAAUUGUGGCAUCUUUGUUCUGUAUUCUCAUUGCAACAGAGAUUGAACAUGAGCAACUCUCAAUAUUGAAACUUUCCACUUUACUAGUGAAAUGGAGACAUGAAAGUGAAUAUGUGAGGGGAAGACAUGGAGUUUGUUAUGGUGAAGAACUUCUGUUUGUUUUACCUAUUACUCAUCUUAUGGUAUCUCCCUCUAAGUGCAUCAAAGAUGCAGCUGCUGAUCUUCUUCAUGUUUUAGAAAGUGUAGUAGUGGAUUUACUUUCUGCACCAAUGAACAUUGCACUCAUUAAUGAAGGACCACCUUCCACAAGCAGACCAGAAACUGUUGUUCGAAGACUAUUCCGGUACCUUUGGCUUCAGGAUCAUUCUUAUUCAGCUGAUGUGUACUGUCUGCUAUUGACUUGCAAAUCUCAAUUCAAAAGUAAUGAAAUUCCGGACAAGAUGAAGUCUUGGUUAGAUCAAUUGAGGUUGUACUGUCUUGGUUCUUCUGGAGGGUUAAAAUCUACAUCUGUCUUUCAGUUGCAAGAUUACCAGACAAGAGGUAUGCCUUCAUUGCUUGGUGCUGUCGCCUCAGCUUUAGUUAUGCACCAAACUUUGGGCUGCCCUGCCAUUGAAGCUUUGACUGCUAUUGGGAUGAUGGAGCCCAGAUUAGAUGUUUCACUGUUACUUGUCACUUUAUUCUAUAGUAAAAUCUUGUGCACAAACUUGAGUAACUCUAAUGAAGUUCUGGUCAAACUUCUGGGUAUGCUUCCAUCACUGGCAUCACAUUCCUCUAUGGUACCACUUAUCAUCCAGACUAUUUUACCAAUGCUUCACAGGGAUGCCAAACCAAUAUUAAUUGCAACAUCUGUUCGCUUGCUUUCCAAGACGUGGGAGGUUUCAGACCGUGUCUUUGCACAUCUACGAGGUGCCUUGCUUCCUACUGCUUUUGCAGAUUCUGCCUCGGAGAGGGAUCUAGGUAUAAGCCUGGCUGCUUCUGUGCGUGAUGUUUGCAAGAAGGAUGCUGACAGGGGUGUUGACAUUAUCUUAUCUGUUUCCGCUUGCAUUGAGAGCAAAGUUUCCACAGUCCAAGCUUUGGGUUUGGAGAGCUUAGGCCAUUUGUGUGAAGCUGAUGUAGUUGAUUUUUACACGGCUUGGGAUGUAAUUCAACAGCAUUUGUUGGACUAUUCAAAGGACCCAAUUGUUGCUUGUAGCUUAUGCAUUCUUCUAAGAUGGGCCGCAACUGAUGUCGAGGCAUAUCCUGAACCUUCAAAGAGCAUUUUGCAAAUUCUUGUGGAAAUUGCAACCUCAAGGCAUAUAGGCUAUGGAGAUAGAUGGGUAAAGGCACGGGUCUCUGCAUUUAAAAGCUUGAACCAUUAUGAGGUUGGGCAUAUUCAGCAAACCAUUCCUGACUUUCUGAGCCAGAAAGUGGAUUGGCUUCUAUCUGAAUCUGAUCCACAAGUACUUAGGGCCAUUGAAGAACUGGAAAUCAAGAUCAUGGCCUAUGAACAUGUAAAUCGAAGACGCUUCGGAAGGGAAAAGAAACUUUUGGUGAAAAAAGUUGAAAAGUUGUUGAGUGUCCUCCCACAAGUUUUCUUUUCUUCAGGACACAGAGAUACAGCGGUUGGAAUUUACCCUGGCACUGCUUUAUUUUGCCUUGCCUUUCCUGUACCUAAAUAUCACCAAGGCAGAGGGAUGCAGAAGGAAUUGCAGAAAUUCCAAGAUGUAUAUGAGGGAGUUGUGACGGAAAUAACAGUAACCCUGAAUCUGUCAAGGAAUAUUGUUUUUGCAUUGCUCGCGAUUCAGUCAUGGCAGAUUUUCAUGUCCCGUUGGAUAAGAGCAAUCAUGCUCUUUGAUACAGAAGAGCUGUUUGGAACCAAUGAAAGAAGAUCAACAAUGGCAGCCGAUUGCAUUCUUAAGGUUCUUUGUAGGAUAGCGGAGGGAUCCAUUCCUCGAGCAGCUGAAAACAUAGCUCUAGCCAUUGGUUCAUUAUGCAUGGUCUUGCCUCAUCCAGCCCAUUCUAUAAUCUCUAUUGCAUCAAUGUUUUUGUUGGAUUGGUUGCAUCAACACGAACAUGAAUACAAGCAAUGGCCAGCUGCAAUCUCAUUGGGCCUGGUAUCUGGUUGCUUACAUGGAACUGAUUGGGAGAAAAAAUUUCACAUUGUCAACACACUUCUUAAGGUUUUAUAUGGCAGCAAUAAUUCGCUUGUCCAAGGAGCAUGUGGGGUAGGCCUUGGUUUCACUUGCCUUGAUCUCUUUGCUCGAAAUGAAGUUGGUAAUGAUUUGGGCAUAGAUGAGGGGAAUUAUAAGAUGAAGGAAGUGGAAUUACUGAGAAUGAUAGUGAGAGCCUUGGCAAGGAUGAUUGCCCUGAUGUGCCCUUCUAACAUGGCUGUGAAGGACCUUUGCCAAUAUAAUCCCAUUGGUGUUGGUCACUUUCAGGAAGAGAAGGAAGCUGUUGGUUCGGCCGGUGCCAGCUGUAAGAAUUUGAAGGAUGAUGUAUGGGGUGGUGCUGGUCUUAUUAUUGGUCUGGGCAGUUGUGUGCCUGCUAUUUACCGAUCCGGAGAUCACAAAACUGUCCUGAAAAUAAAACAAAUACUGAUGUCCUGGAUCCCUCAUGUUAAUGUGAACAUUCAUAGCUAUGAAAAUGUCCCUAUGUUGUCUUUAUCGGUGGGCUCGUGUCUUGCACUUCCCACCAUUGUAGCUUUAUGCCAAAGAGCAGAGAUGGGGGAUGACAACCUAGACCCUCUUGUGAUUGGAUAUCGUGAACUAAUUUCUGAACUUUCAAAGGUGAACAAGUUCGGAACAUCCCAUCAGAAUCUGACGAUGGCAUCCUGCAUUGGUGCUGGAAACCUGAUCUCUUGCAUUUUGGAUGAAGGAGUGUACCCUAUAAGAGUUGAGCUUAUAAAAUCUUUACUGGAAAUGAUGAGAGAUGCAUACAUGAAACCAAACUCUCCUUGUGUUCACUUGGGUGGUAUGUUUGGGGUGGUUAAUGCGUUAGGUGCUGGGGCAGGGCUUCUAACUCGUACAUCCUCAUGGUUUUGUUCUCAGAUUGAUUCCAACGAAAUAGCUUCAUCUUAUAUCAAUGGGCCCAUACUAUCCAGUCCUAUUUGUGAGCCACUCUCUACAUCACUCAUGCAAGAAAUUUUUCUGGUUGCUCGAGAAUCUGAAAACCAAGAAAUGAGAAGUUCUGCUGCGUGGUCAAUGUCUUUCCUCAGAAAUAGAUGGCUGUCCAGGGAUUUACCUGCAGUAAAUAGUUUCCAGAGUUACCCAGUGGAUAGCAAACCUGUCUCUCAAAACUUUCCAGAAGACAGUGCAGUUUGGAAAUUCUGUUUGUGGUUGAUCGAUCUUAAUUUUUCAAAGAUGAGUACAAGUGCCCCUGCAAAUACAGUUGCCUCAGUCUUGAGAUGCCUUGCACGUGCUCCUCGGCUGCCCUCCGCCUUGGAUUGGGGAAUAAUUAUUAGACGUUGCAUGAAAUAUGGUGAUCAUGCUUCCAUCAACCAUAAUUCUGAUCAGUCCCUUGAAAGAGGAACAGUAAGAGUGGAAUGCCUCGCUCUUUCUUUUGCACAUGCGCAGCAUGUCAUUCCUCUUCUAUGCUUUCUCGAUGAGCUCUUUGAGCUUGCUAGGUUUCAGUUGCUUGAGGUUCCUCUCAAGUCCUUCCUCCUGGCUCAUUUGGUAGAUAUGAUGAAACUUCUCUCUAAAUCCAGAAUGGAGAAACUGUACAAUGGUAUGUUUGAGUUCUUUAGUUCUCCAUCUUCCUCUUACAUGGAUUAUGACCCAAAUACGAAGAAGUCAUUGAGGGCGUCAUUCUGGAAAGGUUUGCAGAUAUGCCCUUCAGGGCCAAUUGGCACCACGCUUUCUCUGUCAAUCUUGGAUAAGUGCCUUGAUUCAAUGUUCGUUUUACUGCCUCCAUGGCCUUCUGAUGACUGCGAUCAAGAGUGGUCAGAGGCCAUUACAUGUCUUGGCCAGGCUCAACAGGAAUGGCUGGUGAAUAUCCUGCUGGUACAGGAAACAGACUCAACACUAGGAAAGCUGUCUAAUGAAGCAGCAAAGAGAAUUUUUUUGAGAGCUAGACUAGUAAUGAAUGAUCGCUCACCACUGUCAGAGCUGAUGAAAUUGUUGCCUUAUGUCCUUAAUAAAGACUCAGAUGUUGCAGGAUUUUGGCGGGUACUAUUGGAAGUGGCUGCGGCUGUGCAGUGUGCCGAAAUCAGCAUUAAACAGCAGUGGCUUAUCGAUACAAUUGAUAUCGGUUGCAUAACCGAGUAUCCUUCUACGGCUCUACGAUUUCUUGGCCUUCUAUCAAGCUGCUGGUGCCACUAUGCUGUAGUUUUGAUUUCAAACCCAGAUUCAGUCCUGAGGGACCUGCCAGUCACACUUCCUUCUCUUUUCUUAUCCGGUGCCUGGAAACCUGUUGUGGAGGCUCUUGCUGCCAAGCUGUGGGCUUUCUUGGAGCGCAUUCAUGGCUGGGCUGCACAUUUGGAAGGUGGGGACAAGGAAAAAUUCCAGGGCAGCAUUGACAAAAGCCAAGAAAGCAUGUCUAGUUUCCUCUUACUUGUUUUGCAUGCUACCUGUAUUCACCUCAAGGACUACCUACCUUUUGAGUUGCAGCUGAGACUGGCAUCCAUGGAAAUUGUAUAAAUGUACGUCAAUUAUUAAGCUAAUGGUUAUUUGUUGAUCUUUUAGUCCUUCGAAGCACAUACAUUUGGGAUGAAUGUAGAAGUUUGGAUUUUUUAUGUCAAUUUUCUUUUCAUGGUCU